UUCUAGAUACUAAAAUACAGUCAAUACUAAAAUUAAUUCAUCCCAGCGACAGCAAUCGGGAGUACUCCUGAGAGUGACAUGGGGAUGUGUUUGAAAGGAUGUUGUGUUUUAAACGAACAAACACAAAGCUGGCUUUGUGUUCGGUGUCGUUGUCUAUGCAUUAGUUAAAUACAAUGAAUGCCUAUGUAAGCUCCAGCCGUAACAGUCUUUUCAAUUAGCAAUUGUGGAAAUCGAAAGCUUACCCUUCACCCCACCGCAUCCACACAAAAACUUCAUACUGGAAUUCUUUAACUUAUUCGUUGCUAUCAAUAAGUAUACAUACCACGGGUAUUAAACUGUCCAACUGAACAGUAUGUUGCUAAGCAGUACUGAAUAGCAAGUUAUAGCUAGAAGUUGUUAACCAGAAGCAAGAAAACCUCAUUGAUAUAAGGAAGUCCACGACAGUCAUGAAAAGUCUAAUCAUCGGAAUUGGGGGAAUCACUAACGGGGGAAAAAGCACGCUGGCAAAGAGUCUUCAUGAGCACAUUCCCAACAGCUACAUUGUCGCACAGGAUACGUUCUUCAAGGACGACUCUGUAGUAGCUGUUGACAGCAAUGGAUUCAAGCAAUACGAUGUCCUUGAUGCGCUCCACAUGGAUCGGAUGAUGAGUGAGGUCCGGGCAUGGCAGAAGGAUCCUGCAUCCUUCCUCGCGUCUCGGGGCUUGAAACCUCAAUUUUCCAGAAUUCCAAAAGCAGAAGACAAGGUUUACGUCCUUAUAAUUGAGGGCUUUCUGAUCUUCAACUACAGGCCCUUGAAUGAAUUAAUGGAUAAAAGGUACUUCUUGGUCAUUCCAUACGAGCUCUGCAAAAAGAGACGAUGCUCAAGGGUAUACACACCUCCCGACCCCCCUGGCUACUUUGACGGACACGUGUGGCCAAUGUUCCUGAAAAAUCGAAAGGAAAUGGAGGAAACCGUUACUGAUUUGGUGUACCUGGAUGGAAUGAAGUGCAGUGAGGACCUGUUCUCUGCUGUUUAUGAGGAAGUAUUGUUGGAGAUUCAGAAGCAGUUAGAUGCAGACUGACACUCCCUGUGUUCCAUCUAGUACUUGAAUAUUGCACCAUACAAUAGUGAAGAAAACUUUAUAAUGCACAUUCAGCUAUAUACACAUUUGUUAUCCAAAUAACAACACAGUCAUAGUGUGUCUUCUGUACGUUGUUCUUCACAGACAUUUUGUGUUGGGUAUUACAUUUAUCGGUAUUUUGAUUUUGCGAAAUGAACUAAGCUACAGUGUGUUUAUAGUAAUGUUGUUACAUGUGUUAAAAAUGUGUAACAUGGGCAGAGUUGAACAUUUUCAAAUGAAAGACCCAUAAAUUGUUUGCGGUAUUACAAGAAAAUAUAAGGUGGCUUCACUGCUGUUCAAUAUGACGUGUAUUUUUAUCUUUUUAUUAUUUUUUUUUCCAAAUAUACAGCAUUUCAGUAUUGUAUAAAGUUAAAUUAAAGUUAAACCUUAUUACCUUCAAAAACAUCAAUGGAAUUGAAUGUGGGGGCGGGGGGGGGGUGGAGCUAUUGUGAAAGUGAGUUUUUUAAAGUCAGAAGUAUGUCAUUAAAAUAUGUUUUAACAAAUGA